AUGAUGUUUGUGGCUAGGCUCUGGAGAGAGACUGCACUCGGCAGUAAGGACUCGCAUAGGAGUGACUCCGAUUCACUAGUCACGAAAGCAGUAACAUCGAGGGUCGGAUGGAGUAAGAGUUUCGCAGGAAAAGCUAGCCCAAAAGGAUGGACCAAGAGAGGUUCUCAUGAACUGAACGGAAUAUGGAGAUUGUCGAGGAUGUGGAACGGGAAGAGGUGGUGA